AAAGAGUUAGAUUUGGUUCCCAAUUCUGAAUUCCCAUUCACGCCGACGAGAAGAAUUUCUUCGUUUCUUCAACUCUGUCUCUAGGACCAGCCAUCCAACAUCUAUGAUUCAUUGAUUCUCCAGGGCCAAGCUCCAGUCGUCCAGCUUCUGUGUUUCUCUAGAGUCCAGGCUCCAAGUCUCCAACUGUCCAGAUCUUCGAUUUUGUCUCUAGAAGCAGGAUGGAAAAUCAAGGACGGAAAAAAGGGAAAACUAUUAUCUCCUUCUUCAACAAGAAACGUGGAGAAGAAACAUCAACAAGUGUUGAUAUUCCUAUGACUACUACAGAAUCUCAACCUCACGCCAAGGUUCCAAGGAUUGCAUUUGAUGAGAAUGAUCUUGAACGAGAUCCUGGACUACGUAUUCCAAUAUGGAGUCAUCCUGUUUAUAAUAAAGAUGAAGUUAGACGUGCUUAUAUCAAAUGGGGACCAAAUCAACCUGUCUUGGCAAACUAUCCGAGGACUAAAAGCGGAGGUCAAAACCAACGAUUUCAACAAAGUUGGUUCAUAAAAUUUCCAUGGUUAGAGUACUCUAUUUCAAAGGAUGCAGCAUUUUGCUUUCCGUGCUUCGUUUUUCAAGAUCGCGAACCUCUACAUCCUGCUUUUACCGUUAAUGGUUUCAAUAGUUGGAAGAGAGUGAACAAUGGGGCCAAAUGUGUAUUCUUAGCACAUAUGGGAGGUCCUACUUCCCCACACAAUAAUGCAGUGAGAAAUGUUGAGGCAUUGAAGAAUAUAUCUCGGCACAUCGAUAAAGUCAUGAAUGUUCAAAGUUUGGAAAAUGUUAAGAAAAAUCGGUUAUGUCUUAAGACUACCAUUGAUAGUGUUCGGUGGCUUACUUUACAAGGAUGCGCUUUGAGAGGUCAUGAUGAAUCUUUAACAUCAAAGAACCGUGGUAAUCUAGUUGAGUUGAUUAGUUUGAUGGGAAAGUUGAAUGUUGAGAUUGAUGAUGUUGUCUUAGAAAAGGCUCCAGGGAAUGCAAAAUAUACGUCUCACUUGAUCCAAAAGGAUAUUUUGCAUAUCCUAUCCACAAAAGUGAGAAACAAAAUUCGUGAGGAAGUUGGGAAUGCAAGGUUUUGUAUUUUGGUUGAUGAAGCAAAGGAUGUAUCGAAUAGAGAACAAAUGGCGAUUAUUCUGAGAUUUGUGGAUAUUCACGGAUACUUACAAGAACGAUUUUUUGAGAUUGUGCAUGUUGAAGAUACUUGUGCUUUAACUCUAAAGAAUCAAAUAUCACAAGUUCUCACUCGACACAAUUUGCACAUCAAAGAUUUACGAGGUCAGGGAUAUGAUGGUGCCAGCAAUAUGCGUGGUGCAUGGAACGGAUUGCAAGUUUUAUUUCGCAGUGAUUGUGAGUAUGCAUACUAUGUUCAUUGUUUUGCUCAUCGUCUACAACUUGCUUUAGUUGCAGCUGCCGAGAAAGAGAUUUCAGUUUGGCUAUUCUUUUCAAAAUUGACUUGCAUUGUUAAUCUUGUUAGUGCUUCUCCUAAGCGGUAUACCGAGUUACGAUCUACCCAAGCUUCUGAGAUUGAAUGUGACAUAGCUAGUGGUGAACGUGAGACCGGUAAAGGGGCUAAUCAGAUUGGUACUUUGCAUAGAGCUGGUACUACUCGAUGGAGCUCACAUUUUGACUCCAUUUGUAGUUUGAUAGAUAUGUAUGGUGCAACUAUUAUUGUGCUUCGAUCUUUGGUUAAAGAAGGAGCUACAAAUAAAAUUUGUGGGGAAGUUGGUGGUUGUUUAAUGUCGAUGUAGUCCUUUGAUUUUAUAUUCAUAUUGCAUCUUAUGCACAAGAUUAUGGGGAUUUCGGAUAUGCUUUGUCGAACUUUGCAGCAAAAAUCUUUGGAUAUUUUGAAUGCAAUGAAUUUGGUCUCAAUGACAAAAGAAUUACUUCGAACACUGCGAGAAGAAGGUUUUGAUCAUCUCCUUGGGCAUGUGAAAUCAAUUUGCUUGAAGUUUGAUAUUGAUAUACCUGAUAUGAGCACUCGGUACAAAGAAGCUACAGGACGUUAUUGCCAACAGAAUGAUGAUAUCACAGUUCAACAUCACUAUUGCAUUGACAUCUUUAAAGCUACGGUUGAUUAUAUAUUGGAUGAGUUACGUAUUAGAUUCAAUGAAGAGUCAAUGGAACUGCUUAUGCUCAGCUCUGCUUUAGAUCCUAGGGACAACUUCAAAGGUUUUGAUCCUGAUCGCAUUCUUUUACUUGCUGAGAAGUUUUAUCCAGCUGACUUUAGCGGACAAGACAUAUAUCUUUUGAAAUGUCAGUUAGAUCAUUAUCGACUUGAUGUGGUUUGCCAUGAGAAGUUUCAGAAUAUGUCAACAAUUUCAUAAUUGUGUCGUGGGUUAGUAGAAACAAACAAGGCAGGGUCUUAUAAUUUAAUCGACAGGUUGAUUCGUCUCAUUUUGACUCUUCCUGUUUCCACGGCAACUACAGAACGUGCAUUUUCAGCUAUGAAAUUCAUCAAAAGUGAUCUUCGUAACAAGAUGGAAAAUGAGUAUUUGAACGAUUCAUUGGUUGUCUUCAUCGAAAGAGAAAUCGCAGAAACUAUCGAUACAGAUUCGAUAAUAGAUACCUUUGCUUCUUCAAAGGAUCGAAGAGUCCUAUUUUCCUAGUAGGUGUCAUUUUGCUAGUAUUUGAGCUGGUAGUUAGUUAUUAUGGUGUAUCCCUGCAUAUUUGUAAUAGCAUGCUCUUAUUUUUACA